GAUCCUUCUGCGGGUAUAAUUUUCUCUUCAUUAAAUAUUUAUAUAUCUACCAUAAAACAAAACAAAAAUAACGACCAAUCACUGAGAGGCUUUCGAUACAACCAAAGUCCCGUAACAUGGCGGUUAAACACGGCGGCGACGGCAGCGAAAUCGGAUCCAGCACACUGACGAUAGAUCGGAAAAGCGGUUUCUGUGAAUCAACAUCGAUUUUCUACAGCAAACGUGAGCCAAUGGCUCUCCCGCCAAAUCAAUUUCUCGACGUCACGUCUUUCAUUUCGUCACAGCCUCAUCGCGGUAAAACUGUAUUCGUCGACGCCGUCACCGGUCGUCGUCUUAGUUUCCCCGAGCUCUGGCUCGGUGUCGAAAGAGUCGCGGCUUGUCUUUACGCAUUAGGUGUACGCAAGGGAAAUGUCGUCAUUAUACUCUCUCCAAACUCAAUCCUCUUCCCCAUCGUCUCCCUCUCCGUAAUGUCACUCGGCGCAAUCAUCACCACAGCUAAUCCGGUCAACACUUCCGACGAAAUCUCCAAACAGAUCGGCGAUUCGCGUCCUGUUCUCGCCUUCACCACAUGCCAACUCCUCUCCAAACUCGCCGCCGCGUCGAAUUCGAAUCUCCCGGUGGUUCUCAUGGACGAAAACCACGUGCAUUCACAAACUUACGGUGACCGCGUGAAAAUAGUCGGGAGGUUAGAGACGAUGAUUGAAACGGAACCAAGUGAGUCACGAGUUAAGCAACGAGUCAAACAGGACGACACGGCGGCUCUGUUAUACUCAUCAGGUACGACGGGGACGAGUAAAGGAGUAAUGCUGAGUCACCGUAACCUAAUCGCAUUGGUACAAGCAUACCGGGCCCGGUUCGGUUUAGAGCAGCGAACCGUUUGCACAAUCCCAAUGUGUCACAUAUUCGGAUUCGGUGGUUUCGCGACGGGGCUAAUCGCGUUAGGAUGGACAAUCGUGGUUCUUCCCAAAUUCGAUAUGGCUCAGCUUCUCUCGGCGGUGGAGAUUCACCGUUCUUCGUACCUUUCUCUUGUGCCGCCGAUUGUGGUUGCUAUGGUUAACAGAGCAACUGAGAUCAAUUCCAAGUAUGAUCUGAGCUCGUUGCACACUGUGGUGGCUGGAGGAGCUCCGUUGAGUAGAGAAGUGACGGAGAAGUUCGUUGAGAAUUAUCCGACGGUUAAGAUUCUACAAGGCUAUGGUUUGACUGAGUCGACGGCCAUAGCUGCUUCUAUGUUUAAUAAAGAGGAGACUAAGAGGUAUGGAGCCUCUGGAUUACUGGCUCCAAAUGUGGAAGGUAAGAUUGUGGAUCCGGAUACGGGUCGGGUUUUGGGUGUGAAUCAAACGGGUGAGCUGUGGAUUCGAAGUCCUACUGUGAUGAAAGGUUAUUUCAAGAACAAAGAAGCUACUGCUUCUACUAUUGAUUCAGAAGGAUGGUUGAAAACUGGAGAUUUGUGUUACAUUGACAGUGAUGGGUUUGUCUUUGUUGUUGAUAGAUUAAAGGAGCUCAUCAAAUGCAAUGGUUAUCAGGUUGCUCCAGCUGAACUAGAGGCAUUGUUGCUUGCUCAUCCAGAGAUUUCUGAUGCAGCAGUAAUACCCAUCCCUGACAUGGAAGCUGGACAAUAUCCAAUGGCAUAUAUCGUAAGAAAAGCUUCAAGUAACUUAUCCGAAAACGAAAUCAUGGGGUUUGUCGCAAAACAGGUAUCACCGUACAAGAGGAUUCGCAAAGUCACAUUUUUAGCUUCAAUCCCCAAAAAUCCUUCUGGCAAGAUUUUAAGAAGAGAACUUAUAAAGCUCACAACUUCAAAGCUCUAGUAGGAAGCUCUGUCGCACUUCGCGAAAAGACCUUUGUGUGUAAAAGCGCUCUCCACAACGCACAAACUGUUAAAAAACUAGAGACUGGAGCUUGCUCUGAUCAUGGGCUGCGUUGCAACGAAAGAGAGGGAAGAAAUAUGAAACUGAUGAAGCUCCCUUGCACGACGUGCUCAUGGGGGACACAUCCUGAUUCAUCGUCUUCUUCUUGACACCAUCAUCACCACCAUCAUCAUCAUGGUCAGACAAAUUCCUGUUUCUCAACAACAUGAGGAUGUGAUCCAUCAAACCUCCAUCGCAAGGAACCUGUAAAGGGCCACAAAUGGUGGAACCAAACUCUUCCUCUGCCAUCUCCAAUAAGACCUGAAAGAUUGGGUGUUUGAGAUAAUCCAACGGCAAAACAAACCUCCUGCCUUCUCUGGUGUACACAGCGAAGUGUCCUUUCUUACACUUCCUCCACUUCUCCAUCAAAUCGGUGAGUCUAAGCCUCGAGCAAGACCUUUUCUUCAGAGACAUAUAGAGAACUUUGAUCUGUUACAAAUAUAAUACCGUUGUGUAUACUGUUAGUAUGUUACUGUCUGAACUAUACUUGCCUCUCUCUCCACAUAUAUAUACUACAAAAUGUGAUUA